AUGCGGAUCGCCACGCUCGCCCUCUGCCUGGCGGGCGCCUCGGCCUUCGUGGGGCCGGCGGCGCCCCGGCGGCUGCCGCUUCGCCGGCGCGCCGUCGCGGAGCUCGUCGCGACGGGCGAGGCCCUGGUCCGGUCGCAGGCGCUCGCCGGCGAGCUGGGCGCGCCGGCGGCGGUCCUCGAGGCUCUGCCGUCGUCGGACGUGGUCGUCGCCUUCGCGGACCAGGGCGGCAACCUCGCGGGCAAGUUCUUCAUGGGCUCGCUGCCGCCCUACGCGCUCUUCCUCUACUUCCUCAACUACGAGGGCAACAACGCGCCGCCGCUCGUCCGCUUCGGCUUCGCGUACCUGCUCCUCUUCGUCGCGGCGACGAUCCCGACGGGCAUCAUCGCGAAGACGACGUGGGGCGUGUCGCUCGCCGACGCGGACUGGCUCCACGGCGGCGCGGAGAGCCUGCUCACGGUGACGAACGUGCUCCUGCUCCUCGGCUUCCGCGGCGCGCUCGGCCGCGACGGCGCCGCGGCCGACGCGGGCUGGGCGCGGCUCGGCGCGGGCGCCGCGGCCGCCGCGGCCGUGGCCCUCAUCGCGACGGGCGUGCCGACGUUCCACUUCGAGGCUCACGACGCCUUCCUCGGCGGCCCCGUCAACGCGCUGUCCGUGCCGACGUGGGCCGUCCACUUCUCGUCGGUCUGCGAGUUCGUGCUCGCCAUGCGCCUCGCGGUCAAGUACGCCGCCUGGACCGGCGACGAGAAGUGGAACGGCGUCGCCUGGGGCAUGCUGCCCUCGCACGCGUCGGGCGUCUGCGCGUGCACGUACCACCUCUUCUACAACCAGGCGGCGCUCGCGUGGCUCGUGACGGCCCAGGCGGGGCUCACGUUCCUCGGGAACUGCACGCUCUGCGUCGCCGCGUUCCGCCUCGCCGUCGCGAACGGCUGGACGCUCGCGGGCGCGGCGCCGGCGUUCGCGGGCGGGCCCGAGCGGCCGCGCGAGCCCUACGCGCUCGACGCGGCGCGCGUCUCGGCCGCGGACCCGGGCCUCGCGCCGGGCCCGGAGCUCGUCGCCGAGGUCGCGGCCUUCACGCUCGUCGCCGCCUACGCGACCAAGUACGGCUCGCUCUACGCGGUCGACUUCCUCGCGGCGCCGAACGGCGCCGCGGCCGCGGCCUGCGUCGCGCUGCCGCCCCUCGCCGUCGCGCUCACGGUCCUGCCCGCGCCCGAGGCGCCCGACGUGUCCUACGACGACGUGAAGAAGUACGGCGUCGCGGGCACGCUCGCCUACGUGCUCACGGAGCUCGCGUUCUGGGCCGUGGCCUUCCCCGUCGCCGCGGCCGUCUUCGCGCAGACCAACGGCCACGCGCCGGACCUGCUCCACUCCAACGGCGACCGCGCGGCCGUCGCGGCCUUCGUCUUCGCGGGCGCGAACGUCGCGCGCCUCGCCGUGCCCCUCCGCUUCGGCGUCGCGCUCGCCGCCGCGCCCUGGGUCGACGCGAACGUCGUCAAGAGGUUCGCCCGCGAGUGA